GUGUAAACGCUCCCAAAAAUUUGAAUUCAUCCAGCGCCAAAAUACUCUUCUUCAACACCCCUCCUUUCUCUCUCUUACACACAGACAGACACAGUAACGUACAACAAACCUCAGAAAAUGCUCUGUCUGUCCUAAAAUUCAAACAUUUAUCUCUCCAAACAACAGCAACAACAAUGUCUUCAAUCAAACCAUCAUCUCGUUAUGCUAAAACAUCUUUAGAUUCUUCAAGAUCUUCCACUAAAUCUGAUCCUUCUUCAUCUACAGACACUUCUUUAAUCAAAAUCAAGAAAGGUUCAAAUGGGGUUGGUCAAACUACUCAUCAAUCCAAUUUCACCUCAAUGGUCAAGAAAUUUGUUGAACACAAAUCUUCUUCUUCUUCUAAGUUCUUGAAGAAGGAGAAAAAGGGUGAUUUGAAAUUGGUUAUUCCUGUGGAUUUUAUAGCUGAAGAUUUGAAGAAAACGGCGGCGAAAAGGGGUGGUGGUUUGAGUGGCUUGCAUAAGAAGUUGUUUAAAGGUUCCACCUUUUCUGCUGGUGGUGGUGUGAAGAAGAAAGAGGAAGGAAGCGGAAACAAGGCGUUAACGGAGGUUAAAGGGAAUACGAGGACAUUAGGGAUGGUGCUAAGAAGUGAGAGGGACCUGUUGAGUAUGAAUAAGGAGCAGGAAGAUCAGAUUGUUGAGCUUAAGUUGAUGCUUGAGGAGAAAAAUCGAGAGGUUGAGAAGCUUAAGGAUUUAUGCUUAAAGCAAAGGGAAGAGAUAAAGUCGCUGAAAAAUUCCAUACUAUUCCCUGAUGUUAUGAAUUCUCAAGUUCAGGAUCUUUUGGAAAAGCAGGGUUCAGAACUCCGACAGGCAAAGCAGCUUAUACCGAAUCUUCAAAGGCAGGUCACUUCUCUUACAGGGCAACUACAAUGCCUAGCUGAAGAUCUCGCUGAGGUCAAAGCAGACAAAUAUGCUAUAAGAGGAAGCUACGACUCUUUUGGUAGCGAUCCAGGAUAUGAUCAAGAAGAAGCACCUAAUUCACUGGAAUUCAGCUCUACGGAUCACACCAUUCCCGGCAGUCCAGAUGACAUGUUUCUCAAGGAUGUAAAUCCCUGCUUAACACCUUAUUAUGCCAAAACAAAGUCCAAGGAAUUUGACGACUUCAAUUCUCCUGACGCUAAAGAUUUGGUCAAAAACAACAUUCAAAUAUAUCAUGAGGCCAGCUACAAUUCUUGUUCUAGAAAGUUGUCGAAAAGUUCAGAUUCUCGCCAAUGUUCCAACGCAGGCAGCAAACCAACUCGUGCAGCUCGUAGGUCUGAUGAAAGCAAAUGCACAUACGGAAAGCAGGUUCACAAGAAGUUCUACUGAGUUGUCGUCAAUCUUGACAGUGCUUAGUCUUGAGGUCCACAGAGCCUUAAAUCCAAUAGCUUGGCCGUCGACUACAUUCUUGGUGAACACAUAGUGUCAAUCCUCGUUCCCUUCUCUCCUUUUCGAUGUAUUUCCGAAGAUCAAUAUAUGAUGUAGUCAGCAUACAUUUUCUUGGUAUCUUAUAAGAUCUGCUGGUCUAUUUCCAAUAGUCCAUCGAAUUCGAGUAGUCAUGGUUAUGUUUUUUAACCUCUUGUAUGAACUACAUGAUUUGAUAAUAAGAUGAUGAGAUCAUGUAAUGCACUUUUCAAGUAUGUA